UUUCUUUUUCCCCCGGAAGAAAAGUGUAGCCAGAGCGGCUGCUCAGACUCUGUGCAAGGUGGGGAGGGAGGUAACCAAGCAAGCACGCGCGCGCCUCGCUUGCGCGAUACCAGCCACAGAACCGGCUCCAUCCGAGCCUUUUGCGCGUAGGGAAGAACCGGGUGGAGAGGAAGGAAUAUCCGAUUGCUAAGCAGGGAGGCUGCUGCUGCUGCUACAAUCUGCAACAUUCACAAAGGAGGUUGGAGAGGGGAGGAGGGCAAAACUCCAGGAACUGAAAGCAACAACAACAGCAAGCCGGGUUUUUCCCCCAGCCCCCAGCAAAACGAGCAAGCCACCCGCAAACUCCUUUGCAGAAAGGCGCAGCAGACUCCUGAGAAGCAAAAAAAGAAGGAGAAAGAAAUUGGCGAAACACGACAUGGGCGCUAGCCAGUUCCACCUUUGCAGACCCGCAGGACGCAAGAGCCAGCUUGGGAGCCAGAAAGCGUUCCUGCUGGCAUGCGCCCUGUGGAUUUCCCUCUGCGCCCCGAGAUGCGCGGCUUUCAACCUGGACACGAAAUUUCUGAUCCACAAGAAAGGAAAGACCCCGGACAGCUACUUCGGACUCUCCGUGGCUCUGCACCAUCACAUGGACGGGCAACGAUACCUGCUGCUUGCUGGAGCUCCUCGUGAUACGGCUACAGGGAUGGAGAACGCCACGCGAAUGGGUGCUAUGUAUGCUUGCCCUCUGACAGCGGCCACUGAUGACUGCGAGAGAGUGGACAUCAAGGUGAAAAGUACGUGGGCAUUAAAUAUUGUCGAAGACAUGUGGUUGGGGGUGACGAUAGCAAGCCAGAGAGAGUCUUCUGGGAGAGUGAUGGCUUGUGCCCACCGGUACACCCGAGUCUUGUGGGCUGGCAACGAGGACCAGAGGCGCAUGGUUGGGAAAUGCUAUGUCCACGGAAACAACCUACAACUUCAGGAGCAGGAUGAAUGGCAGCAUUUCCACAACGAGAUGUGCAACACCAACAGCGACUCGGACGUAACGGGCAUGUGUCAGAUGGGCAUCAGCGGCGGCUUCACCGCCAACAGCAUUUAUUUCGGAGCCCCUGGUGCUUUCAACUGGCAAGGAACCGAUUACAUGAUCCUUCGAGGGGACCGGGAAUGGGACCAGCAAGAUUACUCGUAUCCAGAUCAGAAGUACAGCUACAGCUAUUUGGGCUACACAGUCGAAGCAAGAACUGAGGUUCUGCGCAGAAACGAGACCACCUUAGUCAGUGGGGCCCCUCGGUUUAACCACACGGGAGCCGUCUUCCUGAUGGCAGCGGACAGCGGCACGACUCUUCAGGGGAAACUCAUUAUCUUCGGGGAUCAAGUGGGCUCCUAUUUUGGCAGUUCCAUUGCUCUGGCUGACCUCAACAAUGACGGGUGGCAGGAUUUGAUUGUCGGAGCACCCUACUACUUUGACCGGAAAGAGGAGAAGGGUGGGGCCGUCUACGUCUACAUGAACCUGGGGGGGACGUUCCACAGCAGCCCCAACAUCACCCUCACAGGGCCCAGCAGCUCUGCCUUUGGCCUGGCCGUGGCCAACAUCGGAGACGUCGAUAAGGAUGAUUUCCAAGAUAUCGCAGUUGGAGCUCCUUUUGAAGGUUCGGGGAAGGUCUACAUCUACCACAGUGGUGCAGGAGGGCUUAUUGAUAAGCCCCAGCAGGUUAUCAGCGGUGAAGAUGUCGGACCUGGAAUCAAGACCUUUGGCUACUCCUUCAGUGGUGGAAUGGAUGUGGAUGGGAACUCCUACCCCGAUCUCCUGGUGGGCACGCUCUCAGAAAAUAUCCUGCUGCUCAGAGCCCGUCCGGUGAUCAACAUCUUAGACAAGUCGUUCACGGUUAUCCCGACCACAUUGGACCCAAACAGCUGUACCGAAGACUCUUGCAUCAAGGUGCAGCUCUGCUUCUCCUAUUCCCAAAGUGCGGGAAACCCGACAUACAAGGAAACAAUAAAGUUGAACUACAUGGUGGAAGCUGACCGGGACCGCCGCCCUCCUCGGGUAUAUUUUGCCAGGACACAGUCCGCAGUCUACAAGGGACAGUUUUCCAUGCCAAGGGAGAAGUGUCAGACCCUGGAAGUCCUCUUGCGGGCUGAUAUGCGGGACAAGCUGCACCCCAUUGCGUUCUCCAUGAACUAUUCUCUUGCCGAGAAGCCCAUGCGGUUCCAGUUGGGCCUGCGCUCGCUUGAUGCCUUUCCUGUCUUGAACGAGGAUCAAUCCCGUGAGAAUCAGACUGAGAUUCAGUUCAAGAAGCAAUGUGGAACAGACAACAAAUGCAACAGCAACCUGAAGAUAAAGGCUGUCUUUUUAAAUGACCAGAACCAGAAGUUGCCCAGGCGGAAUGGGAUGCAGGUGUUGCAGUACAGCCGGGAUGUCAAGAAACUGAACCUGGGCAUCAGCGUCACAAAUAUACCGUCGUCACCCACGAAUGGAGAAGAUGCUCAUGAGGCUUUCCUCAACAUAACGUUCCCGCCCUCUCUGCUGCCUUCCUCUGUCCGGCCGAGCGGCACCUGCAGGUUCGAGGAGACGGUGAUAUGUGAGCUCGGCAACCCUUUCAAAAUGGACCAGCGGGCAGAGCUGACUAUCACGUUUGAAGUUACUGGAGUUACGCUAAACACUCAAGAUGUCACCGUGCAGGUGGAGCCUUCCACGAUCAGCUAUCAAGAAGAUCUCGCACCUGUGUCGGCAGUCCUGUUGGUAGACUACACCAUUGAUGCUUCAUUGAGCAUAGUCAACCGUUGGCUCCAGACGCAUUUCAGUGGGACAGUCAUGGGCGAGUCAGCCAUGAAGCAUGAGGAAGACGUAGGCAGUCCCAUCGAAUUUGACUUCCAGGUGACCACGAAAGGCGAGUCUUUAGGAUCCUCAGGAACAAUCACACUAGGCUUCGAAUGGCCUUAUGAGGCCAGCAACGGAAAAUGGCUGCUGUACCCAACUCAGAUCCUGGUGAAAAGGAGUGGGAACGAGAGUCGGCUCUGCGUACCCCCCGGGGAGGUCAUCAACAACCGCAACCUCACACUACACGACUGGAGCAGGACCUCAGCACGGAGGAAGCGCGAUCUGCAAGCAUCUCCGAAGCGUGAGCUUCCUGUCACCUUGCCAGCUUCCAAGAAAGCCAAGUCAGAAACGUUACUGAGCUGUUCCAAAGGAACAUGUCGCUGUAUCUGGUUCGAAUGCCCCUUGUGGGAUGCUGCAGAUGUGACAAACGUGAUCGUUCGUGCCCGGGUCUGGAACAGCACGUUCAUCGAGGACUACAACAACUUUGACCGUGUGAAGGUGGAUGGGAAAGCCACGCUGUUUCUCAGGACAAACUCCUCCACCAUCAACAUGAAAAACGACACUGUGUGGUUCUCGGUGACCAUCGACUCUGAGCUGAUCGAGGAGCAACCAACUGAGAUUGAGCUCUGGCUGGUGCUGGUUGCCGUAGCAGCCGGACUUCUGCUUUUGGGCGUCAUCGUCUUACUGCUGUGGAAGUGCGGCUUCUUCCGGCGGGCAAGCACACGAGCCAUGUACGAGGCCAAGGGCCAGAAAGCCAUGAUGAAGAUCCAGCCAUCUGAAACUAAGCGGCUGACCGACAGCUACUAGCUCCUGUCUCAGGGGGAGGGGAAACUGCCCACCCCUUUGCCCUGUCUCUUGUGCAACUUUUUCAAGCGGACCCGCUACUACCGAAUCAUGCCCAAAUACCACGCCAUCCGGAUCCGGCAGGAGGAGCGCUACCAGCCGGCCGGCGGCUUCCUGGC